AUGGCCCUUGGAUACUCGUCGUUGGUCCUCGCGGCCAUUGCCGCCUUCAUCCACCCAGGCAUGGGUUCACCAGCCUGCCCCGCGCCAUCCUCGAGCACCCCAACCGCAACACCUUCGACAUCGACUUCAACAUCGACAUCCACACACGCGGGCCCCGAAACGCUGCCCGCGUCUUGCACCUACCGACCGACGGCUACAUGGUACGCCACAAGCGGCUGCGCCAUACCUUGCGCGACCAGCCCCUUCUGCAUCGCAGAUGACUAUGUCGUGCUGCCCUGCGGAUGUUCGCGUGCGGCGGUCAGCCCAACGACUGUCACCAUCUGCCCGACGAGGUCGCCCUGCUACCAGUGCACGACCGGCUGGGGCAUCGCGACCAUCACCGACUCCAAUUGCCCGCCCAGCGCGACCCCCACC